UUUUGCUAUAUGGUAAUCGUGAGAACUUGUUUAUCGGAAAACUCACGGGACCCGCCAAUAUCCUGCUAAUCAACUGAUCAGUUAAAUCUUAGCUUACAUUGGGCAAGUGGCCAGUGGCGGACCUAGAAAUUAUUUGCUGAGGGUGCAGAUGAGGUGUUCAACCAUAUUUUCAAGGGGUGCGAUCGGAUUUUUUGCCUAAAAUAUACACUAAUUUUUUUUUCAAGGGGUGCGGCCGCCCACCCUGGCCAAAGGGUAGGUCCGCCCCUGCAAGUGGUUAUGGUAAGAAAGCAGUGUAGUACUUUCCACAACACUGCUCCUUGAAGGUUAGAAAAUUCAUAUUAGUGUAGGGAUUUAGGGUUGAUCAUCUAUAAUUAUAAUUAGUCUCCUAACCUAAUUCCAAAAUUCUGGAAUAUUUGUUCGUUGUAUGGUACCAUGAGAACUUGUUUAUCGGAGAACUCACGGGAUCCACCAGUAUCCUGCUAACCAACGGAUCAUGUAAAUCGCAGCUUGCACUGGGCCGGUGGCCUUCGAGAUUCGAACCUGAGGGAAUCGGGUACUUACCUGUGCACCGCCCCUUGAAGGUUCGGAAAUAUCAGUGUUGGGAUUUAGAGCUGAUCAUCAUAGCUAAAGCAAAAGGUUGUUUAGUUGACCCUUUAUACAAUAAAGAAAGAUGGAUUCAGUUAAGCAAAAUAAGAGUCGAUUGGCUCGUACUUUUGCCAAGGUUAUGCAUAUUCGAGCUGCAACGGGAGUGGAUAAAUUUCAGAAAUCAAAGUCAAAGACGCGGGAAAAAGUUAAACACGAUGCACCGAUUGACGAGAGUCAUCAGCGUGUGUUCUUCAACGAAUUCAACGAAGAAGAUGAAAAGCUUCAGAAACGAGCGGUAAUGGAUGCCUUCAUUGCCAAACUAUUUGCUGCUAUUUCAUCUGUUAAAGCUGCAUACGCCGAGCUGCAAUAUUUUCAACUUCCGUAUGAUCCUGAUGGAAUCCAGUCGGCUGAUCAGACGUUGGUUUCCGAAUUGAAAAGUUUGUCGGAAUUAAAACAAUCUUUUUUGAAAAAACAUCUUGAUGAUUUCUCACCGGAAACCACCAAACUGUCGGCCGAAGUUCAAGAACAAAAAAAUCUCAUAAAAACGUAUGAAAUAACGAGAAAGAAAUUAAUCAGUCAGAGUAAGCUCAAAGAUUCCGAGAUCAUCUUUUUGAAAGAGAAGUUGGAAGAAAUCAGAAGAGAAAAUAAGAUUAUCGAGAAGAGACUGAAUUCAAGCGGCUCUUUAUCAUCAUCUUCAUCUCGUGAGAAAUGGAAUUUUUCGUCUUUAUCCCCAACGAAUUUUCUCGUUGUUCUUAAGCAAAUGAAUAAAUCCGUUCGAAGUUUGGUUAAAUUCAUGACCAGUGAAAUGGAAUCUGCCGAUUGGGAUUUAGAUGCAGCUGCUAAUUCGAUUCAACCGGAUGUUGUUUACUGGGAUACGACUCAUAUAUGCUAUGCAUUCGAGUCGUUUGUUUGUAAACAAAUGUUCGAUGGUUUUAAUCUUCGAGAAUUCGCGAUACCCGGGGAUUCACAAUCGGAAAAGACCCGAGAAUUCUUCUUCGACAAGUUUAUGGAAUUGAAGUCUUUGAAAGCAAGAGAAUACAUAACAUGGAAACCGACUUCAGUGUUCGCUGAAUUCUGCAGGUGUAAGUACUUGAAACUCAUUCAUCCCAAAAUGGAAGCUUCACUUUUCGGGAAUUUAAAUCAAAGAAAUCUGGUGAACGCUAGAAAAUUCCCGGAAACCGCCUUUUUCGAUUCGUUUUUGGAAGUUGCAAAAUGGGUUUGGCUGUUGCAUUGCUUGGCUUUCUCGUUCAGCCCCGAUGGAGCAACUGUAUUCCAGGUGCCAAAAGGGAGUCGGUUUUCUGAAGUGUUCAUGGAUAGCGUAAAUGAGGUGGCGUAUGUGUCCCCCGAACGUUCGCCGGAGGUGGCUUUCACGGUGGUUCCAGGGUUUAAGGUGGGUAAAACUGUCAUUCAGUGUCAGGUUUAUCUUGUUUGACUGUGGAAUUCGUAUACCUUAAAGUGGCGGGGGAUCACCGGAGAGCAACGUGCUUCACAUGGUAGCGGUGGUGCCGACAAGUGGACGGUGGUCCUGUUGUUUUUGAUAAUGGAAGUGAAAACGCUAGGCAUGAAGUUGAAACAUGAGCAUUAAAUCUGAAGGGGUUCUCUCCAGUUUUGUUCAUAUUUGAGGCAUGUUUGGGUAAGGUAUUAUUACUUAAAUUUAUUGAACAUAAUUAAAUAGUAAUGAAGAAAAGAUAUCUUCCUUAAACCCUAUUUAGUAUGUGUAAUCUUGUAUAUUAGUUUUCCCAUAUAUACAUCUAGAAAAUAUAAACAUAUUUAUUUA